AACAUCGUCACGACAGAGAUAGCCAGCUAUAGCUCAAUCGAAACCAUCGCAUACCCGCAUUCCUUUUAUCUCGAGCUCCAUUGACCUUUUUGGCAACCAAAGAUCCAAAGGAUAUCCUCAUAAACCCUCGAAAUGGCCACUGAACUUUGCCCCGUCUACGCUCCGUUCUUCGGAGCGAUGGGCUGCACAUCUGCCAUCGUGUUCACCUGCUUUGGCGCAGCGUACGGAACCGCAAAGUCCGGUGUCGGAAUUUCCGCCAUGGGUGUCCUCCGCCCAGAUCUGAUCGUCAAGAACAUUGUGCCCGUCAUUAUGGCUGGUAUCAUUGGUAUAUACGGUCUGGUCGUCUCAGUCCUGAUCUCCGAUGGACUGGUUCAGCAAAUGCCCCUGUUCACCGGGUUCAUCCAGCUUGGUGCCGGUCUUAGUGUUGGUCUGUCCGGUCUCGCGGCCGGUUUUGCGAUUGGUAUUGUCGGAGAUGCGGGUGUUAGAGGAACUGCACAGCAGCCAAGGCUCUUCGUGGGGAUGAUUCUUAUCCUCAUUUUCGCCGAAGUCUUAGGUCUUUACGGUCUUAUUGUUGCCCUCCUAAUGAACUCGAAGGCCACUUUGGACGCCACUUGUUAAAGAGUCCAGUUUCGUGAAGUCGAUCUAGCGGAGUGCCAAUUAGCCAAACCGUGCCAUGCACGCAUUCUCCGCGAACAGGGUUAAUAAGAUGGCUGGUUUGGGAUAUAUAGGGUGAACGAUGGGGGUAUCUGGAGACGGGGGAGCGGAGCGACCUCGUUGUUAACAACAUGUGUAUGUACUGCUGCAUUUUUUCCUGUUUUUGGCGUUACGUUCCACAUAGAAGGAGCUGGUAGUAGCCUUUCAGGUUGUGUAUGGUACUUAGUCUACUUGUUUUAUGCGCAU